UCAGUUCAUUGAUCAUCGUGCCUUCCAACCUUCUGCUGCGUUGCUGAUUGUCCCCUUCCGAAUUCUUCGUCUUUGCCGGGCGGCGGGCGCGGCGCCUUGCCGGCGGCUGCAGCGGCAGCGGAGCGCAGCAACCCCCUCCGCGGCACCCCACCCCACUAUUCCUCCACGCCGUAUACAACAAUUCAACCCGGCCCGGCUCUCCUCUCCUCAGCUCGAUCGAUCGCAUCCGCCCCCCGCUACGCGACACCGCUCACCACCACCACACCGCGCUCGCCGCCACGAGGAGUCCCAUCCCAUCCAGCUCCCACCAGCAAACCAAUCCGAUCGAAUAGUCCGCGAGCGAAGCCGAAGCGAAGCCCAUGGAGGCGGCGGCGGAGAUGGCGCUGCGCCUCCGGGCGGCGGCCAACGACCGCCUGGCGGGCUACGAGCCGCUGGCCCUCGUCGCCGCGCCGCUCCUCGCGCUCCUCGUCGCGCGGACCCUCCACGCCGCCGCCAACGCCGUCGCCGACCGGGGCCUCGUCGCCAUCGCCAUCGCCGCCGUCAAGUUGCUGCCGGGAGUCUCCGGCUACAUCGCGGCGGAGAAGAAGAAGGUUGUUGACAAGAUGCAAUCCGGUGGGGCCAAGAACGAUCGGCGAGCUGACUUGCCAACUAUUGGCCUUGGCGAGCAAGUGAUAGAAGAGCUUGAAACACUGAAAGCCAAAGAUGUAGACUGGCAGGGAAAAUGCUCUGGCACAGUAUAUAUUGCUGGAAGUGAGUCUGAGGGCCAUUUUGAAUUGAUAAACAAGGCGGUAUCUAUGUUUUCACACACCAAUCCGCUCCAUCAAGAUGUAUUCAAGAGUGUGGCAAACAUGGAAGCUGAAGUAGUUGCAAUGACAGCUGCUUUACUUGGCAGCAAAGAAAAAUCAUCUGGUGGACAAAUUUGCGGCAACAUGACAUCAGGUGGAACUGAAAGCAUAUUAUUAGCAGUCAAAACAACACGUGACUAUAUGCGAUCAAAGAAAGGGAUUACAAAGCCUGAAAUUAUAAUGGCUGAAUCAGCACAUUCUGCGUACGACAAAGCUGCUGAAUACUUCAAUAUUAAAGUGCGGCGUGUACCUGUGAACAAAGAGUUUCUUGCAGAUGUGAAAGGAUUCAAACGAUGCAUAAAUGGAAACACUAUAAUGAUGAUUGGAUCUGCACCAGGAUUUCCACAUGGUUUAAUUGAUCCUAUUGAGGAACUUGGGGAACUGGCUUCACGCUAUGACAUUUGCUUGCAUAUUGAUUUAUGCCUUGGUGGCUUCGUACUGCCUUUUGCUCGUAAGCUUGGGUACCCUAUUCCUCCUUUUGAUUUUUCUGUCAAGGGUGUUACAUCAAUCUCAUCAGAUGUUCAUAAGUACGGAUUAGCACCAAAAGGCACAAGUAUUGUUCUGUACAGAAAUCAUGAAAUUAGAAAGCAUCAAUUUGUUGCUGUUACUGAGUGGACCGGUGGGCUUUAUGUUUCUCCCACUAUGGCUGGAAGCAGGCCAGGUGGAUUAAUUGCGGGAGCCUGGGCUGCUAUGAUGUCUCUCGGACUGAAUGGCUACUUGGACAAUACAAGGUGUGUCAUGGAAGUUUCGAAGAAAAUACAAAGAGGGAUUGGAGAAAUCCCAGGGUUGUUUGUGAUUGGGAAACCAGAUAUGACCAUUGUGGCGUUUGGCUCAGAUGUUGUCGACAUAUUUGAGGUGAACGACAUAAUGUCAUCAAAAGGUUGGCAUCUCAAUGCUCUGCAGAGACCUAACAGUUUGCACAUCUGUGUGACCCUUCAACACACGACUAUUUACGACCAAUUCCUGAAGGAUCUGCAAGAUUCUGUGGACACUGUGAAAGCAAACCCAGGCCCUAUUAGCGGCGGAAUGGCUCCUAUCUACGGCGCCGCAGGGAAGAUGCCAGACAGAGGCACGGUGAGGGAGCUGCUUGUGGAGUUCAUGGACAGCUCUUGCUGAACUGAUUAUGGCUUGUGAAAAACAGUCCCAGUGCUGUGAUUUGUUUGCCUAGGUAUACAAAGUUAUCAUAGGAAAGAGGGGAAAGUCAUUGAGGCGAUACAAACACAUGUAUUUCACAAUUACAAGAAGUGUAUCUGUAUGAUUGUAUAUCAAUAUCAGAGCAUGCAUAUGUAAUGUACCACCAAGCUUACAAAUGUAUCUGUUCCUAUAUACAACAUUUGUUACAUUUUAGGCGUACUCACCCUGUGAAUCAGGGGAUAAUAAUAAUAGAAUACAAAA